AUGCAUAGAGGUGUCGCCUCUGCGUCUUCCCUCCGCGGGUUCGCAAUCGACUAUGACAAUCUCGACGAUGUCGACUCCGACGACGACUCGCCGCCGCUCCGGCCGGCAGACUGGAAGCCCCGGGCGUCGUUCACGCGAUAUCCACCGCGCCGGCUGCGCACAUACGCCAUUGUGACCGUCCUCGUCCUCGUCCUCCUCUAUCUCACGUUCCGCAGAGGCCACUCGCACCCUGCUCCCGGGCCGCACCCUUACCUGCGCUACGAGGCCGUCGAUUGGUCGCGUUUCGCCUACAGCCAGUAUGUGACCACGAGCGCCUAUCUCUGCAAUGCGGUGAUGGUCUUCGAGGCCCUGCAUCGGCUGGGCAGUCGCGCGGAGCGCAUCCUCUUCUAUCCCGAGGACUGGGAUACCUGGAUUGAGAACGGCAAUGAUCGCGAUAGCCAGUUGCUGGUCAUGGCGCGCGACCAGUACAAUGUCCAGCUCAUCCCGAUCAAGCCGGAGUCCAUCAGGAGCAUCUCUGACGCAAGGGACCCAACCUCAUGGGACUGGAGUAUUACGAAAUUGUAUGCCUUCAGUCAGACGCAGUACGAUCGAGUGCUCCAUAUCGACUCGGACGUGACGAUCCUGCAGAACAUGGAUGAGCUCUUCUUCCUCCCCCCUGCCCGAGUGGCCAUGCCGCGCGCAUACUGGGACAAUCCGCGCAGCGGGAAGCUCACGUCGCUGCUGGUCUUGAUCGAGCCCUCGUAUGCGGAAUACCAGGCCUUGAUGGAGGCCUCCCGACCCGUUGUCCACGGCCAGAUCGUGACCAAUUCCACCCCGGGCCACGAGAUGUACGACAUGGAGCUGCUGAACGAGCGCUACGGCGGGUCGGCGCUGGUCCUGCCGCACAGACAGUACGGCCUUCUGACGGGGGAAUUCCGCACCAAGGACCACCGCAACUUCCUGGGCAACGACUACGAGAAGUGGGAUCCCGAUCGCGUCCUGAGCGAGGCGAAACUCGUCCACUUCUCCGACUGGCCGCUGCCCAAGCCAUGGGUCAUGUGGCCGCAGGCGCUCCUGGCGGAGAUGCUGCCCAAGUGCGACGUGAAGCCCGGGACCGACGAGGAGAGCGGCUGCCGGGACCGCGAGGUGUGGCGGGAACUGUACGAAGACUUUCGUCGAAGACGGAAGGAAAUAUGCAAGUUACUGAGCUACCCGGCCCCGGACUGGCCGCCGAGGCAAUCUUCAUAA